GAAGCUGGAUACUUUCCUGGACGGGAAGCAUGUCGGGGCCGGCCGUGGACGACAAAAAUAGAAGACAGAAAUAGAAGCGCAAUCAAGACGACUGUCUUGUCGGUCCUGGGGUAUAUAAUGACCGGGUCUCCGUCCCACUUGGGAGGGGAAAAAGAGACAGUUGACAAGCUGAACAAGGUAGCGCAUCCAGGCACAUCCACGUCGCCCGCCCCGUCCCUUCAACCUUGCAAAGACAAGUCAAAUCCGACCGAAUCUCCUGGACUUCCAGGUACGGCUGAACGCCACAACCAAACCUCCCUCCCCAGCCUGCUAACGCAAGCCAGCACGCCCAGCACACCCACACCAACUCACCCCUCACAAUGAAGUUCGCCCUGACCGCCCUCCUCGGCCUCGCCAGCCUAGUCCUAGCCGAGGACGUCGUCUGCCCAACAGCCACACGCACGAUCCAAAACCGGGCCUGCGGCAACGAGUGCCCCUUCACGGACUGCACCUUCCACACCACGAUCCAAAACCCCUGCGGCUGCCCGUCCACCCUCCCCACCGCCACGCUCAUCGCCCCCUGCCAGGCGCCCUGCCCCUACCAAGGCUGCGACAUCGACUUCCGCACCUCGGCCGAAGCCUGCCCAACCACCACCCCCAAAACCACCACCACCACGAAACGCACCACGCCCACCAGCACCCCCACCGGCGUAAUCACCAGCAUCGUCACCCUCCCCCCGCGCCCAACAACCACCACCAUGAUCACAUCCUCGUCGAUCCCCUGCCCCAAGGUCACGCGCACGACGUCGCCCGCCGGGUGCGAUCCGAUCCGCUGCCCCGUGCCGACGUGCCGCGUGGAGAGCGAGAUGCUGGUCCCCUGCGGGUGCGAGCCCAAGACGGUGCUGUUUGUCACGGGCUGCCAGACGGCGUGCGCGACGGGGUGUUUGACGAGGACGAGGACUAGUAGUUUGGCUUGUUAGGUGUUUUUCUUCUUUUUUUCUUUUUC